AUGCCGAGUCCGCGCACCUCGUCCAGUGGGGACGACGACCGCCAGACCGACGCGACCCCGCUCCUCGGAGGGUCUGCAGGUGUCCAGGUCAAGCCCGAGCUGCGAGAGGGCAAGGCCACCGUCGUGUCGUGCAUCGCCAACCUCGCCAACACCAUCAUUGGCACUGGCUCACUCGCAAUGGCGCACGCCUUCUCCGGCGAGGGCCUCAUCCCGGGCAUCGUCAUGGUCAUGGUCUGCGGAGGCGCAGCCGCGUUCGGCCUGUACCUCUUGACCCGGAGCGCCGCCAUGGCACCGCACCGCGCCGCGAGCUUCUCGUCCCUCAGCACCCUCACCUAUCCCGGCCUCGCACGAUUGUUCGACUUUGCCGUCGCGCUCAAGUGCUUCGGCGUCUCCAUCUCGUACCUCAUCGUCAUCGGCGCCCUCGUCCCCAAGGUCGUGCACUCGUUCAACCCGGACCUGACCGACAGCGUCCUGCUCGACCGGCGCCUGUGGAUCCUCGCGUCCAUGACGCUCCUGUGCCCACUCGCAUUCUUGCGCCGCCUCGACAGCCUCAAGUUGACGUCGUACAUCGCCCUCUGUGCGAUCGGUUACCUCAUCUUCGUCGUCGUCUUCUACACGUUCGUCUCGCACGAGCACCUGCCGCCGUCGGGCGACGUCGAGCUGUUCCGGUUCGGGCCGUCGUUCAUCCAGAGCCUCCCGGUCCAGGUCUUUGCGUUCACGUGCGCCCAGAACGUGUUUGCCGUGUACAACGAGGUCCGGACGAACUCGCAAGCGCGGCUCAACCUCGUCAUUGGGACGUCGAUCGGCGGUGCAGCCAUCAUCUACGAGAUCCUCGGCAUCCUCGGGUACCUCACGUUCGGCGCAGCGGUCGGCGGCAACAUUAUCGAGAUGUACCCACGCACGCGCCUCGUCUCGUUCUGCCAGGUCGGCAUCACGAUCCUCGUCCUGUUCUCGUACCCGCUCCAGCUGCACCCGGCGCGCGCCUCGCUCGACAAGUUCCUGUUCCCCGUCCAGCCGACCGAGGGCGACCGCGACGACGAGCCGGCAUCGGCGGCGUCCGACCACGGUUCGGGCGACGAGAUCCCGCUCGGACGGUUCGUCAUCGAGAGCGGCGUGCUCCUCUUCUCGACGUUCGUCAUUGCCAUGUUUGUGUCGAGCCUCGAGGUCGUCCUCGGCUUUGUCGGCGCGACGGGCAGCACGACCAUCUCGUUCAUCCUCCCCGCCGUCUUUUGUGCGUCCCCCUCUCACCCUCCCUCUCCCUCUUCUCUUCUCUCCCGCCUCACAGAGCCGCACGCCUGA